CUGUCUCUUUUAUUUACUUCUCCUGUGCUGGCUUAGCAUCACCUUCCCUCCGGCAAGAGAAGUGAGAAUAACUCGUGCUAUAUAUAAAGAGAUUGCCACCAUACCAGCCCAACCGAAACCCGUACCUGCAACCGCGUCGCGUCGAUGUGCUGAGGUGAUCUGAUCGAUUCAACGAGGUCGACGCCUUAACGAGAGAGAGAGAGAGAGAGAGGAGAAGAAAAAGAAGCUUAGCUCGAUCGAUCGCUCCAUGCUCUGUGUUGUUGCGAGAUUUGGAGAGAAGUAUUGAUGGUUGUGCAGAAGAUGUGGAUGCCCGUGGAUCUCCGGCUGCCGUCGGGGCCACAGGCAGCGCUUGGGAUCCUCGCGUUCGAGGCCGCGGCGGCGAUGUCGAAGCUGCUGUCGCUGCACCGGUCGCUGUCGGAGCAGGAGGUGUCCAGGCUCCGGUCCGACACGAUGCGGUCGCCCGGCGUCGCGUACCUCAACUCCACCGACCAGGCGUUCCUCCUCAGGCUGGCCUGCGCCGAGCUCGUCGUGUCGCUGGACGCCGCCGCGGCCGCCGUCGCGCGGCUCGGGCUGAGGUGCGGGAUCGACUUCGGCGGCGUGUACGCGAGCCUCAAGGCCGGGGCGCCCGACGCGAGGCUCGACCCGCUCGUCGCCAAGGGCCUCAGGGUGAAGGCCAAGAAGAUGGAGCGGCUCGUCGCGUCCACGGCCAGGCUGUGCUCCGAAAUGGAGGCGCUCGACGAGCUGGAGGCCAGCGAGCGGAAGCUCGCGUUCCGCGGGUGGAACCGCCUGAGCGGGCCGAUCCCGAUGCAGCCGGUGGCCCCGUCGGCCGCCGGCGAUUCCCCCGGCGCCGACUCGCUCCAGCAGGAUCUCAAGGCGCAGAGGAUCAAGGUGCGUCGCCUCAAGGAGGAGUCCCUCUGGAACCAGAGCUACGAGAAGGCCGUCGGCCUCAUGGCGCGCGCCGCGUGCGCCGUGUUCAGCCGCAUCUGUACCAUCUUCGGCGCGUUCGUCCCCGGCCUCCCGCCGCCGCUGCCGUCGGCCGCCACCGACAGCGUCCAGACAAGGCUGUCCAAGCUGCUCAACCCGCGGGCGGUCAGGGCGAAGGCGUCGUCCGGGCCGAUCACGCGGCGAGACGGGCCGUCGCGAGUCCACCCGCCGGUGAUCAGCAGCUCGUGCCCGAUCAUCGGGCUGAGGCCGUCCGGGCAGAAGGCCGCCAUCGACUGGCGCAAGCUCCUGGACGCGCCGGCCAGCACGGUGGGCGGCGCGGGGCUGGACCAGCAGUACGCGAACGUGAUCGUGUCCGCGGAGCAGCUGCUGCAGAUGGAGGCCGAGGGGCGGCAGGAGGAAGCGAACGCGGAGCGCGCCGAGAUGUACGAGAUGCUGCCGGCGAAGCUCAGGGCGGCGGUGCGGUCCAAGCUGCGCGACUGGUGGCGGGACCCGGGGCCGCUGGACGCCGGGCUGGCGCAGGGGUGGAAGGACGCGGUGGACCGGAUCAUGGCGUGGCUGGGGCCGAUGGCGCGCGACACGGUGCAGUGGCAGGCGGAGCGGAACAUGGACCGGACGCGGCGGUUCGACGGCGGGGCGCGGGUGUACGCGCUGCAGACGCUCCGGUGGGCGGACAAGGAGAAGGCCGAGGCGGCGCUCGUCGAGGUGCUCGUCGCGCUCAGCUGCGUCUGCUGGUACGAGGAGCGGCGGCGCGGCUCCGUCCGCCUCCUCUGAAUCCAUCCAUUGAACCGUUCAACCAUUCAACACGCGGGAAACUUUUGCCCAAAGAUUCUACCUUUGGCUUUUCUCCUUCUUCCUUCUUCCUCUUCCUCUUCCUCGCUUCAUUUGUCAAUGCUUUGAUUGAAAGAGUUGAUUUUUUUUGUUUUCUUUUUGGGAGGGAGGGGGUUGGUAGAUCAGGUUAGAACCGGUGAACUAUUCAACGGGUUAGAGUAGUAGCAGUAACAGUAAUAGUUUGAAAGGUUGGAGGGAGAAAGAAAAGUAAAAAACGAUGGAGGAGAGUUUGAUUGGUUGGUUUGUGUGUGGCGACAGUCAGUGGUCUGAGGCUGACAUGCCGGGCCCGCGUGUCGGCCUCACACUGGUGACGGAGUCCGGUGUGUAAGACGUGUUACAGGAAAUUUGUACAAUAUACACGAUUGAUUCUUUGAAGCUUGUUUUGUUCAA